AUGGCCAUUGCUGCCGACUUCGAGCGCGUCUACAAGAUUGGACCACCAUACUACCACAAGGCCGUUGACCUGCUCGACCAACUCUGGCUGUCCAUCUUCAAGGGCCUUCGGUCCUUGUCGGGCCCCGAGAUCCAGACGAUCAAGUCCCAGCACCACCUAGACGACUUCUGCUUCCUCGCAACCACCCUCCGCUUGUCCCACACUGAGGCAGUCCAGAUCCUCAUCAACAACAUGAUUGACUCCAGAUCGGUCAAUCCAAAUAUCCACCAGCUACCGAAAUAUAAUGUUGAUCAUCUCUUCCAAACAUCAGAUUAUUACAUAAUCAAUAAGUUUUUGUUGGUGAUCCGACCCUUCUACACAAUGCCAGACCCAGUCGAGCCCAUUCGUGCAUAUAGGUUUUGA